AUGCUCACAGCUGCUCUUCUCGUCCUCGUCCUCCUGGCCGUGGGCCUGUGGAAAGGGUGGCAUGCCAGGCCGCGCGUGGACAAGGCGCUGCCCGGCCCGCGGGCCUUCCCCCUCAUUGGGGACAUCCCCCACCUCUUCCACGCCGACCUUCCCCUCCACUUCCUCAAAUUAGCCCAACGCUAUGGACCCAUCUAUCGCCUCCGCUUCGGGAGAAAAGAUGUGGUGGUACUGAACAGCUCGGAUCUCAUUCGGGAGGCGCUGAUACGGAAAUGGUCUGACUUUGCGGGACGCCCUCACAGCUUUGUUGCUGACCUUAUUUCUCUGGGAGGCAAGGAUCUGUCCCUGGGUAAUUACAGCCCCACUUGGCGACUGCAGAGAAAAAUGGCCCACACCGCCCUCCAGCGCAGCCUGCGGGGAGACCUUGAGCCGACAGUGCAGGACAAGGCUCAAUGCCUCUGCAAGGUUUUGCACGGUCACGGCGGGAAACCUGUGGAUGUGGCUCAUAUUUUUUCCCUGCAUACCUCCUGGGUGAUCAGUACCCUAGUGUUUGGGCCUCUGGAUCUGUCCGUGGUUGAAAAAAUGCACGACUGUAUGAUCGACCUUGUGGAAUCGUGGAAUGCAUUUUCUGUGCAGAUUCUGGAUGUUUUGCCCUUCCUCAAGGUCUUCCCGAACCCCAGCUUGCAGCGCCUGCUUUGCCUCAUCAAGAGACGGGACACCCUUAUACAAAGCCAGAUGAAGAAAUGCCAGGAGACCCAGCAGCCCGCGGAGGCCAGGACCUUGGCGGACCGCAUGCUGCACUUCGCCCGCGAGCACGAGGCCGGCAAGCCGGGGGACGCGGCCCUGACGCAGGAGCACGUCCACAUGGCCAUCGUCGACCUGCUCAUCGGAGGCACCGAGACCACCGCGGCCUUGCUCACCUGGGUGGUGGCCUUCUUGCUGCACCACCCCCGGGUUGAGGAGCAAAUCCACCAAGAGCUCAUGGCUGUGGUUGGACUCAGCCGGGACCCCACUUACAGUGACCGGGAGCAGCUGCCCUACCUGAGCGCCACCAUCCUGGAGACCCUGCGCCUCCGCCCCUCGGCACCCCUUGCUCUGCCCCACACGGCCACCCGCGAUACCAGCCUGUCCGGCUUUUCGAUCCCCAGGGGCACCACAGUCAUCCCUAACCUCUAUGGAGCCCAUCACGACCAGAGCAAGUGGCAGCAGCCUCUGGAAUUCAGACCAGAGAGAUUCCUGGAGGGCAGCGCUUCAGCCAAGGCCCAGCGGCAUCUGGUGCCGUUCAGCUGUGGGGUCCGGAUCUGCCUGGGAGAAGCUGUGGCCCGCAUGGAGUCCUUUCUCUUCCUUGCCCACAUCCUGCGGGAUUUCCAGAUCUUGCCCUCGACGCCGGGCUGCCUCCCUGAUCUGCAGGAGCACUUUGGCUUCCUUGUGCAGUGCAAACCAUUCACGGUGCGGCUGGUGCCCCGGCUGGUGGCUAACCCUGCAGAAUGAGGCCUGCGCCUGUCAGGAGGCGGGACCCCCUCCCCACCUGGCCAGGCCUGGUUCUCCCUUCUUCUCCCUCUCCCAAUGCUGUCCUCAAACGAGGUCCUCGGUUCAGUUUAGCCUAAAUCACACGGCACCAAAGUUCAGCUAGCAUCCGUGUACCCCACGGAUUAGAUCAUGCAUCUUCAAACCUGCCUGUCCCUUGACAUUCCCAGGCUCGUUUUCUAGACUCUCUGAAUUCAUAAGAAGAUCAGCACGAUCAGGUGUUCUUACCCCACUUGGGAAUCACUUGGGAGAGCCAGUGUGGUGUGUGGUUAAGAGCAUGGGACUGGGACUCAGGCGAUCU